AUGGGUAAAAGCAAGGGAGAGGCAGCAGCUACGGAGAAAGCCCAAAAGAAGCUACCGAACAAAAUCAAGGCCAAAAACCCCGCAACUCGCAACUAUAUUCAAGCGACACAAGCCCAAAAACACAAGCCCAACGUCGCUUAUAACAAGUGGAUUUGGCAACACUGCCACUGGCAAGAUGUGGUGUUCUCAAAUCGACAGAAACUCAGAGUUCUGGACAUAGGGUCAGUUGCCUGGGUUUGUUAUGUGGUGGUGUCCUGUGGAAUUCUGGACCUCUGGUCAGUUGCCUGGGUUUGUUAUGUGGUGUCCUAUGAAGUUCUGGACAUAGGGUCAGUUGCCUGGGUUCGUUAUGUGGUGGUGUCCUAUGGAGUUCUUGACCUCUGGUCAGUUGCCUGGGUUUGUUAUGUGGUGGUGGCCUGUGGAGUUCUGGACCUGAGGGCUUGCACAACCCCACAGACCUACCACAGAUCAGUCCAUGGCCCAGACCCAGAGGAGGAGCAUCAGGUCACUCCUCUGGGACCCCUCACUCACAUGAUGUGGGGGCGAGUGUGGAACUGGGUUCGGGGAACCACCCAGAACCAAAGUCCAGACACAGGAAAUGACCAGCAGCAUGUAGUAAAUGCUACAAUCACGGCCCAGACUGGAGCUCGGGUCAUCGCUCCUACAAUAACACACUGUACCAUUCAAAGCCUGACUUUCACGGAGGAGUCGAAAGGUCCAGCCCAUUUAGAUUCCGAAACUGUGCUGAGACGAGUCUUGGCGAGCCACAAGGAGAGGAUGCUGGACGACUUUGACUGCAUAUUUGAAGGGCUACAGCAGAGCGGAAGUAAAACUCCACUGAACAAGAUCUACACACAGCUCUACAUCACUCACGGAGACAGCAACGAGGUGAACAGCGAGCACGAAGUGUGGCAGACCAAUAAGAUGUCCAGAAAUACAGAUGACACGCCCAUCGACUGCAACGACAUCUUCAAAGCUUUGCCUGGGCAAAAGAGGCGCAUCAGGACCACAAUGACCAAGGGCAUUGCUGGCAUCGGAAAGACGGUGUCUGUGCAGAAGUUCAUUCUCGACUGGGCAGACGAGAAAGCUAACCAGGAAGUCCACCUGCUCCUUUUGCUACCUCUCAGGGAGCUGAACUUGCUCAAAAAUGACAUCAGUCUUCACAAUCUGCUGCUGAAGUUCUACCCAGAGCUGAAACCACUGAGGGAAACACUCUACGAUGACCUACAGGUUGUAUUCAUCCUCGAUGGCUUGGAUGAAAGCACACUUCCACUGAACUUCCAGAGUGACUUUGUGAGUGAUGUUACGGAUAUCACGACAUUAGACGUGCUGGUCACCAGCCUCGUCAAGGGAAAACUGCUCCGUAGCGCCCGUGUAUGGAUGACAUCACGUCCUGCAGCCGCUGGUCAAAUCCCCCGUGAGUAUGUUGACCGCGUCACGGAAGUGCGUGGGUUCACAAACAAACAAAAGGAGGAGUACUUCAGGAAGAAGAUUGGUGAUCAGGAUCAAGCUGAACAAAUCAUUCGUCACAUCAAGACCAAACGGAGCCUCUACAUCAUGUGUCACAUCCCAGUUUUCUGUUACAUGGCAGCAACUGUCCUGCAGGAAAUGUUGGGUCAAUAUAGCAGUGCAGAAAUCCCCUCAACUCUAACAGAAAUGUACAUUCACUUUCUGAUCAUACAGCUGGACAAGAAAAAACAAAAAUAUGAUGGUGUGAAACCAGAGAGAAAGAACAUCCUGGAGGCAAACCGGGAUGCCAUCUUAAAAUUGGCAGAGCUGGCUUUUAGAAAUCUUGAGCAGGGCACAAUACUGUUUGACGAAGAUGCCCUGAAGGCCUGUGACAUGGAAACAGCUUCUCUGCAGUCUGGCUUGUGUACGGAAAUUCUCAGAGAAGUCUCCAAGUUUGUUUUGAAGUCAUCCUACUGCUUUGUGCAUCUGAGCCUUCAGGAGUUCCUGGCUGCCUUAUUUGUUUUUGUCUCUUUCAUGAAUGAGGACAUGGCAGCACUGAAAACCUUUCUGAAGGCGAAACCCAAAAAGGUGUUCCUCUACCUCUUGCUGAAGAGUGCUGUAGAGAAGUCUCUGCAGAGCAAAAACGGACGCUGGGAUCUUUUCUUGCGCUUCCUUCUGGGCAUCUCGCUCGAGUCCAGUCAGAAACUCCUUGGAGGCCUGCUGACACACCCGUUAACAAAGAACAGGGAGGAGAACUCCAAAAGCCUAAAAUUAAUCAUCAAACACUUAAAAGGUGUAGAAGGAAAAAAUAUCUCCCCUAAUCGAUUCAUCAACCUCAUCAACUGCCUUUCGGAAAUGAAGGACUGCUCCCUGCAGAACAACCUGCAGAGUUGUAUCACCUACCAGAAACUACCAGAAGCAGAACUCUCACCAGCCCACUGUUCAGCCUUAGCAGAUGCCCUUCUGAAGUCGGAGGAGGUUUUGUAUGAGUUUGACAUUGACAAAUACAACCCAUCAGUCGACGGACAGCAGAGACUUGUCCCGGUUGUGGAAUGGUGCAGAAAAGCUCGUCUUACAGGUUGCAAAUUGAAUGAGCAGUCUUGUGAGAUGGUGGCCUCAGUCCUGCAGUCAGCAUCAUCAUACCUCAAGGAGCUGUACCUGGAUUCUAGCACCAUGCCCAACUCAGGACUGAAGGCUAUCUUUGGCUCCCUAACAAACCCCAGCUGUAUGCUGGAGAGGCUAAGUCUUGUUGGCUGCAGUCGUGUGGAAAACAAUAUGUUUGAAAACCUUGGAUCCUCUCUUCAGUCCAUGAGGGAGUCUCGGCUGGCGGAUCUGGAUGUGAGUUGCUGUUCCUGCAAUGUUAAAAACAUGAAAGAUCUCACCGCAGGCCUGAUGAAUCCUCACUGUAAAGUCGAGAGACUGAGCCUGAGAAAGUGCGGUCUUUCCUCGAGUCACUGUGAGGAUUUGGCCUCCAUUCUCUGCUCCUCGGCCUCCAGUCUGAAGGAGCUGGACCUGAGAAACAACAACCUGCAGGAAGCUGCAGUGGAGCUGCUCUCCUCUGGACUACAGAGCCCACAGUGCACACUGGAGAUACUGAGACUGUCAGCCUCCAAGCUCACUGAGGCAUCCUGGAGGUGUUUAACGUCGGUCUUCCAGGGGGAGCUGGACCUGAGUGAGAACAGGCUGCUGAUGUCAGAGCUGGAGCAGCUGUCGGCAGCACUGAGGAGUCCAGACUGCAGAGUGAACACACUCAGACUGAAGCAGUGCUUUCUGAAGGAUGACCACUGUAGGGUUUUGGCUUCAGUCCUCAGUUCAGAUGGAUCCCACCUGAAGGAGCUGGACCUGAGUGACAACGACCUGCAGGACUCAGGAGUGGAGCUGCUCUCCUCUGGACUACAGAGCUCUCAAUGCACACUGGAGAUACUGAGGUUGUCUUUCUGUGGCGUGACUGAGAAAGGCUGUGGGUUUCUGGCUUCUGCUCUGAGUGCAAACCCCUCCUACCUGAGAGAGCUGGACCUGAGCUACAAUCACCCAGGAGAGGCUGGAGUCAAGCUGCUCUCUGAGAGAAAAGACGACCCUGACUGCAAACUGGACACACUCAAUGUUGAUCAUGAUGCAGAGCGUUGGAUGAAGUCAGGACUGAAGAAAUACGCCUGUGAGCUCACGCUGGACCCCGACACAGCCCAACCUGAGAUUUCUCUCUCCGAGAACCAGCGGAAGCUGAUAGUUUCUGAACAGAACUAUCCCGACCACCCGGACAGGUUUAGGAGGUCCGAACAGGUGCUGUGUCGAGAGGGCCUGACCGGACGCUGCUACUGGGAGGCCGAGUGGAAGGCCAACAUCGUCUACGUAGGAGCGGCGUACAGGAAACGAGGGAUGAAGGAGAGAGACUGUCGUCUGGGCCUCAACGACACGUCCUGGGGCCUACUGUGUCAGGAUUCAUCCAACCCGUUAUAUCGUCGCAGCUACACAGCCAGCUAUGACCGCAAGGCCUCCCCCAAAGUUUCCCUUACGUUUGACUGCAACAGAGUGGGCGUGUACCUGGACUGGCCGGCCGGCACUCUGUCUUUCUACAGCGUCUCCUCUGACACACUCACCCACCUGCACACGUUCCACUCCACAUUCACUGAACCCGUCUGCCCAGGGUUUGGCCUAGAUGUGCCUGGGAUUUCAGUCAUAGAAGCCAUUAACGAUUCCAUUUCCCUCUGUCGGGUUUGACAGUGUUUCAUGUGCUGCUGCCAUCUAUGGGGGAAACGAAGAACAGCAGAUUCUGGAUUCUGCUCCCUCAAACAUUUACGAAGACAACAAACAUUUGCGAAGACAACAAACUAAACUGAAUGCAGAACAGGCAGAACUCACGCAGCGCCGAUAUAAAUUAGUCACCACCCUUGUAUAUUUCCCCUUUUAUUGCUUCAAUUAAUUGAUUUAUUUUUUUGUUAAUAUAAGUUGCCAUCUUUGACACAGAAAAGUAAGUAUCUCUAAAUCAGGUUCCAACCCGACGUACAACCAUUUCUCUGUGAUAAUGCCAGGGUAUGCUGCAAGCAAUCUGAAGUCUAAGAGGAUGGGUGGUCGGGCUGUUGUAGUAGGCUGGGUAAACCCAGCUUGAUCUGCCGGCGAUUUGAAUUUCGCCCCGUAACUCAGGCUGGAAACCUGCACAUCUAUCUAUCCUGCUUCCUGCUUCCUGUCCACAUUUGCUGGGUCCAAUCACAAACUGGCUUCACACCCGGAUCGUUGGUCUGAUCGGUUGAAGGACUAUCCAAGCGUGGUUGAGUGUGUGCUUUCAGGAGAAGAUGGGUAUCAUGAACACAGGGUGGGUGUUUGAGGGUGUGUGUGUGUGUGUGUGUGUGUGUGUGUGUGUGUGUGUGUGUGUGUGUGUACAGUAGGUGCUAAUGAGAAGACAGGCAGAUGACACGAGGGUGUGUUUGUGUGUGUGAGAAUGGAGAGAUGUA